AUGGACGGCCGAAUGGGCAUGUCGACCUGGCACAGAAAGAGACGGCGCAGCAACUCUCCCGCCGCCUGUCCGUCAAAGCGUGCCAAGACCACCAACAAUCAAGACACGGGGGGCGACGAGGACAGUGACAGCAUUAUCGAGGUCCAAAUGGACGGAUCCGAAGAUGAAGUUCAAGACAAGUAUGCCGUCCUGGACCAACGACUUGCCGUAAAGCAGGAGAGCGGUGCCGACAACCUGACCUGCGAUCACUGCCUCAAGCUCCCACUCGAUGUAGAUGGCAGAACCCCGGCGUGCGAUAGGCAAAUCAUCGACGGCUUGGUCCAUGAAUGUCUCGCGUGUGCCAACCACAGAUACGACACGAGAGACCUGGAUUAUAAAUGUUUCCGUUCGGGUCAGCACCCAGAGCUAGAAGUGUUCAAACGCUACUCGGACUCCCACCCAGUCAACUACCCCAAGCCCAUCGUCUGCGAGGCGUGCAAAGACAACAAAAAGGUGAAAGACAGCCGUUGUGAUGCCGAUCCUUUCCUGCAGCUACGAUGUACAAACUGCCUGAAGACCAAGGACAGCGAGUCGGAGCUCUGCGUGGUCAAGGGGAUGACGGGCGACGCCAACUUGGGCUGGGGACACGAGAUCGAAAGACAAAUGGGCCCCAAGCCGAAUCUCCAAAGGGGAAGACAGAAGUGGUUUCGACGCGAGUGUGACAUUUGCAAGAGCAGGCCUGACAAGGAAAGGGGCGUCCAGGUCUGCAGCUGGUUAGACUCGCGCGAUAUGGGAGGGCCCGGAGAUACUCGUGAGCCCUGCCUCCAGUGCAAGGAGGGCAACAUGUCCUGCUUUGACGGCGGCAUGCUGGUUGGCCAUCCCGUUCGCUUGGAGCUGCCUACCGAGUGGUCGAGCAAGGCCGAUCUGGGCGGCGGAUGGGUGGAAUUGAGAGGCGACAAGGACAUCGUGACGAGGCCUCAGUGCAGACAGUGCCACGCCCAGAAGCGUCACUGCCGGGCGUCGGCAAAGUACGCCGAGUACGCCUGCAACUGGUGCUGGCAGACGGGCAUGGUGUGCCGCGACUUGAACGACGAGAACAAGAUCUACCCGCUCUUUGACCUCAGCAGGGUUGGCAUCGGCAACUUCUGCCCCUUUGCCCGGUGCGCCCGGUGCGAGGCCACGGGCAGAAACUGCGAUCGCCAACGACCCUGCGACUCUUGCUUCUUCAGCGGCGAAGGGCACAUGUGCGACGAGUGGCAACCUGGAGCCUCGCGCACGCUGAACUGCUUGAAUCGCCGCAUCAACCACGGCGAGAACAUGAUGGUGAAGCCGGGGCCGCUGUACUACUUGAGUAUGGGCUACGGGCCGGGAGGCGUGGAUGACGAUAAGGACGGAAUGCAGAUUGAGCACUACAUCGGCCCGCCGUUCGCGCGCUAUGCCUUCAAGACAGUCGCCAAGAGAAAGGGCGAGGUUCUUAAGCAGAACAAGCAAGUCCUUGUCGCCGAAACGCAAAGAAUGAGAUUGGCAUUGAUCGCUCGGGGCGCGCCUCCGAAUGGAGCUCCUGGUGGUGAGCUUUACGGCGUCAAUGUAGAUGACAUCACACUUGACCAACUCAGGACGUGGAUGGUGAAACGCUGGCCAGAAUGGACACCGCAGUGCGACAGAAGUGAUUAUGCAAAGAACAGAGACAUGAAAAUCGUUUCCAAAGCCUAUAUGAAGUCAAAGUUUAUGAAUACUGGUGCAGGAGCGCCAGAUACAACUACACUCGUCGAGGAGUUGGCUGACGGAGAGGAGGACCUACAGAUAAUGCCAGUUACAGAGCCAACCUUCAACAUCACCGGUGAGCGUGAUCAGACUGGAAGCGGCGCUGUUGAUACCUACAUGGUCAGCACAGCUCCCAAUGUAGCCAACAAUGCCACAUUCGUGACGAUACCAAGCAACCUUCUUUCGGGGGGAGCCCAGCUUCGUCUUACCUUGUCCGACUCGGAGCGUUACCACGAGUACCACAACAACUCAUUCGAUGUAUACGACAAUCAAUCAAGUCGCUGGGGAGAGUUGUUCUGCCAAACUAGGCCGCCCUGUGAAAAAUCCAUAUGGGAUGACUUUUGGCAAAACCGCAAUGGAUCGACGAAUUUCGGCCUAUUCAGCAUCAUGAACGGUUCUCUUGUCCGCCAUUCCCCCAUCAAUCAAGUCUUCCGCGGCAUUCGCGGCAUUCGCGGCACUGCUUCCAACUCGGUCACCAUGCCACCCCAGCGUUUCUCAUGCAGGGAACAAAGGACAAUGUGUACUGGCUUGACCGGAAGAGUUUGUCAAGAUAUUGAGCACGGCAACAUCCCCCAUUCAGUUUGUGAGUCUUGCGCACUACACGACAAUGGCCUUUUGUCGAAAAGCCCAAGCAGGAUGACCAAGGUCGACAUCGUAGCCAUGCGUGCCUACUUUUGCAAUUCUUGCCACAGUCGCGUCAUUGGGGGAUCCCUCAGUGACAUGUACUUGCUCGGUGCAAAGGACGUCUGGGGCUGCCGGUUCACAAACAACACCACUCUCCUUGGAAGUCUAGCCGUCAACAGCCGGGGUAUGAAUUUUUGCCCUGUUGAGCAUCCUAUUACUGGAUGCACUUGCGGUCCCAACAUCUUCGACUCGCAUCUGUGUCUGUCUCAUCGAGUCAAGUACGCACGCUACGCCAUGUAUCAAUCCAACAGGAUGAGGGAGUGGCGAAUCGGGGAGGGUGAACAAGGCCUAUGCCCAGUAUGUCUCGUGCACCACCCGAAGGACAUGGCCAACCCUUCACCAUCAUACCACGAACUCCUUUCCGCGGAUGGGACGUCAACGGAAGAAACAGUGUCGUGGGCAUGUCUUGUAUGUGGCGGACUGGUCCUCAACCAGCCAAAGAAGAACGCAAUAAUUGGUGGCUGGUUUAGCUGGUUUCCUUCAGCGUCAGUGUCAGACUGGGGCCUUGAUCAUAAAGCGAGUUUUUGA